GCCGCGCUCGCCGCCCAUUGGCUGCCGGCCGGGGCCGGGCCUCGCUCCCCGCCCGCUGACACAAAGCGGGUCCAAGAUGGCGGAGGCGGAGAGCCCGCGCGGGGGGAGCGCGGCGCUGCCGUGCCCGCCGGAGGAGCAGGAGCUGAGCCGGCGCCUCCGCCGCCUCUACCCUGCCGUCAACCAGGCGGAGACGCCGCUGCCGCGCUCCUGGAGCCCUAAGGACAAGUACAACUACAUUGGCCUCUCGCAGGGCAACCUCCGCGUCCACUACAAAGGUCAUGGUAAGAAUCACAAAGACGCUGCCUCGGUCAGGGCCACGCACCCCAUCCCCGCCGCCUGCGGCAUUUACUACUUUGAGGUGAAGAUCGUCAGUAAAGGCAGAGAUGGGUACAUGGGAAUAGGACUUUCUGCUCAAGGGGUCAAUAUGAACAGGCUCCCAGGAUGGGACAAACAUUCCUAUGGCUACCAUGGUGACGAUGGGCACUCCUUCUGCUCCUCAGGCACAGGACAGCCCUACGGGCCUACCUUCACCACUGGAGAUGUGAUUGGCUGCUGUGUCAAUCUCAUCAACAAUACCUGCUUCUACACCAAGAACGGCCACAGCCUGGGUAUAGCCUUUACAGACCUCCCUUCAAAUCUCUACCCUACGGUGGGUCUCCAGACUCCAGGAGAGAUAGUGGAUGCCAACUUUGGGCAGCAGCCCUUCGUGUUUGACAUUGAGGACUACAUGAGGGAGUGGCAAGCGAAGAUCCAGAGGCACCAUCAGCGCUUCCCCAUCGGGGACAGGCUGGGCGAGUGGCAAGCCAUGCUGCAGAGUAUGGUUUCGUCAUACUUGGUCCAUCAUGGGUACUGCUCCACAGCAACUGCCUUUGCCAGAGUCACAGACACCAUGAUCCAGGAAGAACAGACAAUAAAGAACAGACAAAGAAUACAGAAGCUAGUAUUAGCAGGAAGAGUGGGAGAGGCUAUAGGCACCCAGCAGCUCUAUCCUGGCCUCCUAGAACAUAACCCCAACCUGCUCUUCAUGUUAAACAUCAGGCAAUUCGUGGAGAUGGUGAACGGCACUGACAGUGAAGUUCGUUGUUUCAGUGCCCGCAGCCCCAGGUCCCAGGACAGUUACCUGGGCCCCCAGCUAAGCCCUAGACAUGGAUCAAGCAACUCCCAUGUUCAUGGUGCAGGAGCAGAUAGUCCAACUUGUAGCAACGGAGUCAUGUCCACGAAGAGCAAACAGAGUCACAGUAAAUACCCAACACUGAGUUCAUCAUCUUCAUCUUCCUCCUCCUCCUCUCCCUCGUCUGUGAACUACUCUGAGUCCAAUUCUACAGAUUCUACCAAGUCUCAGCAGCACAGCAGCACGAGUCACCAAGAAACCAGUGACAGCGAGAUGGAAAUGGAAGCUGAGCAUUACCCCAAUGGAGUCCUGGAAAAUUCAUCCAGCAGGAUAAUGAAUGGCUCCUACAAACACGAAGAGAUCCUGCAGACGGAUGAUUCCAGCAUGGGUAGACAGCUGCCCCAGAGGCAGCUCUGCGGAGGGAACCAUGCUGCCACCGAGAGGAUGAUCCAUUUUGGCCGGGAACUGCAGAUGCUGAGCGCGCAGCUGUGCAGAGUGUACGGGAAGAACACUGUGCACAAAAAACUCUCACAGGAUGCCUUUAGCUUAUUAGCUUACUCAGACCCCUGGAACUGCCCUGUCGGCCAGCAGCUGGACCCUCUCCAGAGAGAACCCGUCUGUGCUGCUCUUAAUAGUGCUAUUUUGGAAUCUCAGAACCUGCCAAAGCAGCCCCCGCUGAUGCUUGCCCUGGGCCAGGCCUCGGAGUGCUUGCGGCUGAUGGCUCGUGUGGGCCUGGGCUCCUGCUCCUUCGCCAGGGUAGACGACUACUUGCACUAGGGGCCGGGAGAGGGGAGCUGACACCACCGGUGCUGCCCUUCACCCUCCGCCUCCACCUCCUUCAUAGCCUGACCUCCCUGCCACCAGCACCCCUGCAGCACACACGCACACUGCCCAUGGGAGGAUGGAGCGAGUCCCUCAGGCAUGGCUGUGCCCGGCCCUGGCACUGACUGGCAGAUCUUCCCACUCUCCCUGCGCUGGUCACUCUCACACGGCGCCUUCUGACCUAGGGAUUGCUUUUCCUUUUGAUUUGAGUUGUUUCUUGUGGAUCCACCAAUGCUGUAUCUGGAGGGUUUUGCUGAGCUGGUUUCUGGCAAUGUACUGAGGCAGCUCAUUUGGUUGGUGCCAGCUUGUUCUUCUCUCCCCUCCUCCCUCCAUCAUGCACAUCGACAUCUCCUGUGCUAGUUACCAGAAUUCUUCUCUCAGUGGCAGUCCAGAGGGAUGUUUUUUUUUUUUUAUUUUAUUUGAAUCCUGUUUAUUAAAAAGGUCUCUUCCACCUCCUCAAA